AUGCCAGGAGUGAAGGAGAAAAUUUAGGGAGAAAAGAAAAGGAAAAAAAGGAGAAAAGGCACCCAAAAAUGCAGUGCAGCAGAGUGACAGUCUCUGUUUCUCUUACAGCUCCUUCUUCUUCCUCUGGCUGCUGCAAUCCCAAAACCUUCUCCUCAAACUCACUGCCAUUUAGGCCCGCAUCAAUCCGCUGGAAAUCCUCUUUUCGGAAUAGGAAUUCGAGAAUGAAGGUUUCGGCUUCCGCCCAGCCCCUCACGAAUGCCGACCAACUCAUCGAUUCCGUUGAGACCUUCAUCUUUGAUUGCGAUGGAGUUAUAUGGAAGGGAGAUAAACUGAUCAGUGGGGUUCCUGAAACUCUGGACAUGCUGAGGGCAAAGGGAAAGAGAUUAGUUUUUGUCACCAACAACUCGACAAAAUCUAGGAAGCAGUAUGGGAAAAAGUUUGAGACACUUGGCCUUAGUGUCACUGAGGAAGAAAUUUUUGCAUCAUCAUUUGCUGCUGCGGCGUACUUGAAGUCCAUUGAUUUCCCCAAAGAUAAAAAGGUUUAUGUGAUUGGUGAGGAAGGAAUAUUGAAGGAGCUCGAGUUAGCUGGGUUUCAGUAUCUUGGGGGCCCGACAGAUGGCGAUAAAAAGAUAGAACUGAAACCUGGAUUUAUGAUGGAGCAUGAUGAGGAUGUCGGGGCAGUUGUCGUUGGAUUUGAUCAUUAUUUCAAUUACUUCAAAGUUCAGUACGGAACUCUGUGUAUACGUGAAAAUCCGGGGUGUCUCUUCAUUGCAACAAACCGUGAUGCUGUCACUCAUCUAACAGAUGCUCAAGAAUGGGCAGGUGGUGGUUCAAUGGUUGGUGCCCUAGUAGGAUCUACACAGCGUGAGCCUCUCGUUGUAGGGAAGCCUUCAACUUUCAUGAUGGACUACUUAGCAAACGAAUUCAACAUCCAGAAAUCCCAGAUAUGCAUGGUUGGUGACAGGCUCGACACCGACAUACUUUUCGGGCAAAAUGGUGGAUGCAAAACUCUUCUUGUUCUCUCAGGUGUGACUAGUUUAUCAACCCUUCAAGAUCCCAAAAACAAAAUACAGCCAGACUUUUACACCAACAAGAUCUCCGAUUUUCUUUCUCUGAAAGCUGCCACAGUUUAGCUAGGUUAACAGUCAAGUUACCAUGGCUAGCACUACUGUGUACUACUAAACCAUUCAUUAGUCAUUACUCCUAGCUUGUACAUCUAUCAAUCUCCAUUUUUUGUUGAGCACAAGGUUGGAGAUUAUUGAUAAUCAGACAUUGCAUACAAAGGGAGUUAUGUUGCAAUUUGUAAAGAAAAUUCCUACUAUGAAUCACUCCAUUUUUAUCAUAUUUAAGUAUAAUCCGGUAAUAUAACAAUUGUUAUUAGAUA